AUGGAACUCACAUUACCAUUGUCCUGCUGGGUGGUCAACCUGUCUCCUCUCUCUCACUGGGCAUCAGAGAAGGAUCUGGCAGAAGGGAAAAGGCUGCCUCAGGAUGGCCCCACCCUGUGUUUCAGCCUCACAAUAUCCAUCGUUGUGGGUCUCAUGAUCCUGCAGAUGUGUGUCGCUGCCAGCUUCUUCCUACAGCCAAAGCUGGGCACAGCUGACAAGCAGAAGCCCCUGGCUCUCAACAACAGGAAAGCGUUCCACAACUUCAACUACUUUCUGUUCUUCUACAACGUGCUGCUGGGCCUGGGUGCCUGCCUUUCCAGGCUGCUCAUCAGUUGCCUCCUCGGCAUGUGGCUGAUUGCCCACAUCGACAGGACCAUCAUGCAGAGUGGCUAUGAGGGAGCAGACAUGGGGUUCAGUGCGUGGAUUGGGAUGCUCUACAUGGACCAUUAUCACACCAACCCUGUGCUUGUCAGCUUUUGCCACAUCCUGAUCACAAAUCACAGGGAGAAGAAGCUGCAGCAGAGCACCAAAUACUGGUGCCUAAAUCAGUCGGCAGAGUCCCUUCGGAUUUGCGCCAUGCGCGGCGGGGAGAACCGGCCUCCUGCUCGAGUUCAGAGCUCAUCUGAGGAAUUGGAAUUGAGACACCAAAGCCUAGACGCGUUUCCUGGACGACGGCUUCCCGGCAGGGGCAUCCAGCCAGCGGCCAAGAUGUCGUCAGUGGGGAAGGUGACCCAGGUUCCGAGUGGGAAAGCCUACCAGCAGAUCUUCCAGGCUGAGGUGCAGCUGGUCCACUCCCUGGCGGCCACCAGGAAGCGGGCUGCAGAGCGUUCUGUGACCCUGAAGAGUGGCAGGAUACCCAUCAUGAAGAAGGUGGAGACUCCUGAAGGGGAGGUGAUGUCUCCCCGACAGCAGAAGUGGAUGCACAGCCUCCCCAACGACUGGAUCAUGGAAAACCCUGUUCUCCACAGGGAAAAGGAAAGAGCCAAGAGGGAAAAAGCCCGAGAGAGUGAGAACACCAUCGCUGCCCGAGAAGUGCGGGGUCUCAUGGAUACUAUAGUUCCUGAGAAGAUAAGCACCAGCACCUUUCAAAGGCGAGCAGAACACAAGAGGAGGAGCUAUGAGAGCACUCUGGCCAGCUUUCAGGAGGAGAUUGCGCAGGUGGGAAAGGAAAUGGAACCUCUCAUCGUGGACACAGGGGGACUUUUUUUGAAGAAGCUGACUGAGUCUGAUGAAGAAAUGAACCAUCUCUUCCUAAAGGUGGAAAAUGACACCAACCUUGAGGACUACACCAUCCAAGCCCUGCUGGAGCUGUGGGAUAAGGUGGCCGGGCAGUUACUGCUCCGGAAGCAGGAGAUUAAGGAGCUGGAUGAGGCCCUGCACUCGCUGGAGUUCUCCCGAGCCGAUAAACUAAAAAGCGUGUUGAAGAAAUAUGCAGAAGUCAUAGAGAAAACUUCCUACCUCAUGCGGCCUAACGUGUACAGGCUGAUAAAUGAAGAAGCCAUGGUCAUGAACUAUGCCCUGCUGGGCAACCGGAAGGCCCUCGCCCAGCUGUUUGUCAACCUGAUGGAGUCCACCCUGCAGCAGGAGCUGGACAGCCGCCACCGCUGGCAAGGCUUGGUGGACACCUGGAAGGCUCUCAAGAAGGAGGCCCUGCUGCAGAGUUUCAGUGAGUUCAUGGCCAGUGAGAGUAUCCAUACUCCCCCGGCUGUGAUGAAGGAGCUAGAGGUCAUGCUGAAGACCCAGAACGUCCUGCAGCAAAGGCGGCUGAAACACCUCUGCACCAUCUGUGACCUCCUGCCCCCCAGUUACAGCAAAACUCAGCUGACUGAGUGGCAUUCUUCCCUCAACUCCCUGAACAAGGAGCUAGACACCUACCACGUGGACUGCAUGAUGCGGAUCCGCCUGCUGUAUGAGAAGACGUGGCAGGAGUGCCUGACGCAUGUGCAGAAUUGUAAGAAGCAGCUGCUGGACUGGAAAGCCUUCACUGAGGAGGAGGCAGAGACCCUGGUGAACCAGUUCUUCUUCCAGAUGGUGGGAGCGCUCCAGGGCAAGGUGGAGGAGGACCUGGAGCUCUUGGACAAAUCCUUCGAGACUCUGGCAGAUCAGACAGAGUGGCAGAGUUUGCACCUCUUCAAGUAUUUCGAGGAGGCGGUACAACUGUGGGAGGCACACCAGAGCAAGCUGUUGGUGCAGGAGCUGGAGCUGGAGAAGAGGAUGGAGCAGCACCGGCAGAAGCACAGCCUGGAGAGCCAGGUGCAGGAAGCCCACCUCGAUAGGCUCUUGGACCAACUGAGGCAGCACAGUGACAAAGAAACGCUGGCGUUUCACCUGGAAAAGGUCAAAGAUUAUCUGAAGAACAUGAAAUCCAGGUAUGAAUGUUUUCACACCCUCCUGACAAAGGAAGUGAUGGAGUACCCAGCGAUCAUGCUGAAAGAACUCAACUCCUACAGCUCUGCCCUCAGCCAAUACUUCUUUGUGCGUGAAAUCUUUGAACAGAACUUGGCUGGAGAAGUCAUUUUCAAAUUCAGGCAACCAGAAGCACAUGAAAAACCCUCCCAGAAGAGAGUGAAAAAACUGAGGAAGAAGCAAGGGUCUAAAGAGGACAUGAGCAGAAGUGAGGAAAGCAUAAGUAGUGGGACAAGUGCUGCCAGGUCAGUAGAAGAGGUGGAAGAAGAAAACGAUCAAGAAAUGGAGUCCUUCAUAACUGAAGAGGUGCUGGGGCAGCAGAAAAAAUCUCCACUGCAUGCUAAGAUGGAUGAGUCCAAAGAAGGCUCUAUUCAGGGACUGGAAGAAAUGCAGGUUGAAAGAGAGGGCUCCUUAAACCCAUCCCUGAAUGAGGAGAAUGUGAAGGGUCAAGGAGAAAAGAAGGAGUCAGAGGAGGAAGAUGAGAAGGAGGAAGAGGAGGAGGAGGAGGAGGAGGAGAAGCUGGAGGAAGAGAAGAAGGAGAAGGAGGCACAGGAAGAGCAAGAGAGUUUAUCUGUGGGUGAGGAAGAAGACAAGGAAGAGGGUCUAGAGGAGAUAUACUAUGAGGACAUGGAGUCCUUCACAAUCUCCAGUGGAAACACUUAUUUUGUCUUUGUACCCCUGGAAGAAGAAGAGCAUUGCAGGAAGUCCCAUUCCACCUUCUCAGCCAUGUUCAUCAACGACACUUCCAGUGCCAAGUUCAUAGAACAAGUGACAAUUCCAUCGAGACUAAUUUUAGAAAUUAAGAAACAACUUCGAGCUGGCUUCUUCGAGCACCUUGAGAAGUGGUUUGACCAGUGUUCCCUCAACACCCGGGUCACCGUGGCCACCAAAAUCAAUGAGCUGGAUUCAGAACUGGAGCUGCAUCUGCACCUGCACCAGCCAAGAGCCCAGCAGAUUGAAAAAGACAUCCACAACGUCAGGGCAGCCGAGCUUUUGCUUCAUCAAGAGCGGUUGGACAGCCACUGUGCUGGGGUGACCGAGACGCUGAAGAAGAAGCAGCUGAUGUUCUGCCAGUUCCAAGAAGAGCAAAACGUGAGGAGCAAAAACUUCCGCCUGAAGAUCUAUGACAUGGAGCACAUCUUCUUGAAUGCCACCAGGAGCCAAAAGCUGGUCACUCUCAGCAACACACUGCACCAGGAGUUGCUUAGCUAUGUUGAUGUCACCCAGGUGUCCCUGCGCAGCUUCCGGCAGUACUUGGAGGAGAGUCUGGGCAAACUCCGCUACUCAAAUAUUGAGUUCAUCAAACACUGCAGAUUGUUUUCAGAGGGAGGCAACUUUUCUCCUAAAGAAAUCAAUUCACUGUGUUCCCGACUGGAGAAGGAAGCUGCCCGGGUAGAGUUGGUUGAAAGUGUCAUCAUGCUCAACAUGGAGAAGAUGGAGAACGAGUACCUGGACCAGGCCAAUGAUGUCAUCAACAAGUUUGAAAGCAAAUUCCAUAACCUGUCUGUGGACCUUAUUUUCAUAGAGAAAAUCCAGCGGUUGCUGAUGAAUCUGCAAGUGAAAAUCAAGUGCCAGGUGGCAAAAUCCAAUUCGCAAACAAAUGGAUUAAAUUUCUCUCUGCAACAGCUUCAGAACAAGAUAAAAACUUGUCAAGAGUCCAGGGGAGAGAAAACCACAGUGACCACAGAAGAACUCCUCGGCUUCGUCCAAACUUGGAAAGAAAAACUGAGCCAGAGGAUUCAGUACCUUAACUGCAGCCUGGACAGGGUGUCCAUGACUGAACUGGUCUUUACCAACACUAUCCUGAAGGACCAGGAGGAAGACAGUGACAUCCUGACAUCUUCAGAAGCCCUUGAAGAGGAGGCCAAGCUGGACGUGGUCACCCCUGAGUCCUUCACCCAGCUGAGCCGCGUGGGGAAGCCCCUGAUUGAGGACCCAGCUGUGGAUGUGAUCAGGAAGCUCCUGCAACUUCCCAACACAAAAUGGCCAACCCACCAUUGUGACAAAGAUCCGUCCCAGACAGGCUUCAAGCGACAUCGGUGCCGGCCAGAAAACUCUGGGAAGAAGGCUGUACCCAGUGCCAGUGCUACCUCUGCAGGCAGCUUCACACCGCACCCCAAGCCCAACAAAAUGGAGAGAAAGUACCAGGUGCUUGGGGACAAGCCUCCCCCUGCUGCCGAGGAUUUUAAGGGGAUCAUCUUGACCCUCCUCUGGGAGAGCAAUGAGAACCUGCUGACAGUCGCAGAGGAGUUCUACCGUAAAGAAAAACGCCCGGUCACCAGGCCUGACUGCAUGUGUGACACCUUUGACCAGUGCGCCGAGAACAUCAGCAAAAAGAUCCUGGAGUACCAGAGCCAGGCAAAUAAGUACCACAACUCCUGCCUCAUAGAAUUACGGAUCCAGAUGAGGAGAUUUGAGGAGCUGCUGCCCCAAGUGUGUUGGCUGGUGAUGGAGAAUUUCAAGGAACACCACUGGAAAAACUUUUUCACCUCCGUGAAGGAGAUCCGAGGACAGUUUGAGGAACAGCAGAAGCGGCUGGAGAAAAGAAAGGACAAAAAUGCCCAGAAGCUCCAUCUAAAUCUUGGACACCCCAUACAUUUCCAAGAAAUGGAGUCUCUACACUUAAGUGAAGAGGAAAGGCAGGAAGAGCUGGACAGCAUGAUUAGGAUGAACAAGGAGAAGCUGGAGGAAUGUACCAGAAGGAAUGGCCAGGUUUUCAUAACCAACUUGGCCACCUUCACCGAGAAGUUCCUACUGCAGUUGGAUGAGGUGGUCACCAUUGACGAUGUCCAGGUUGCAAGGAUGGAGCCCCCCAAACAGAAAUUAUCAAUGCUCAUACGAAGGAAACUCGCUGGGCUCUCCCUGAAGGAAGAGAGUGAGAAACCCCUGAUUGAACGUGGAAGCAGGAAGUGGCCAGGGAUCAAACCCACCGAAGUCACCAUCCAAAACAAGAUUCUUCUCCGGCCAACAUCAUCGAUUUCCACCACCAAAACCACCCUGGGCCACCUGGCAGCCGUGGAAGCCCGAGAUGCUGUGUACCUGAAAUAUUUAGCAUCAUUUGAGGAGGAGCUGAAGAGGAUCCAGGAUGACUGCUCAUCUCAGAUGAAGGAGGCUCAGCGCUGGAAGGACAGCUGGAAGCAGUCCCUGCACACUAUCCAGGGCCUGUAUGUGUGACCCUCCACCCCACCAUGAAUAAACACUUUCUUAUACAGAC